UUAAUUCUUUCAGGAAUUUUACCAGAAGCUUUGAGAACCAACUGUCACAGAUGUACCGAAAAACAAAAGACGGUGACACUUCGAGCCAUCAGACGAUUGAAGAAAGAGUACCCCAAAGUAUGGGCCCAGCUGGAAAAACAGUGGGACCCUGACAGCAGCUACAUAUCCAAAUUCGAAUCGACUUUCGGUGGCAAACCGGUCGAAUCCAGUCCAACGCCAUCCGUCCAAAUUGUGAACAGAUUCGCCUCAACAGAGAACGAUAACAAGACCGUUCAGAAUACCAUAAGUCAGCUUUUCACUACGCCAUUGCCCACGUCUACAAGCACCAGGACAAGUACCAGUAGCACUACCACUGCUACUACUGGUACAACUACUAGUACAACUACUAGUACAACUACUAGGACAACCACUAGGACAACUACUCCUACCACAAAGACCACAACCACUAAACCUACUACAGUUAGUACCAAAGCCACACCCGUAACAAAAGCCACUAUUGAUGAUUUUGGCACGAUAAGUACCAUCAAACUAAACAUUAACACAAUUUCAGCAUCUGCUAAACCUAAAAAGCGCCCUAGACCAAAUAUAGGACAAAGUAUACAAGCUACGGUGAGUUUAGGGACUAACAUUGUGGGGGACUUGGUAAGGGGUUUGGGAGCUAUUGGGAACAGGGUGGUUGAAACAGGAGCGGAAAUCGCAGGCGUGGUCCUGAAAAACAUCGCAAGGCCACUUUGAGCUUUCGCUAGUUUCAUCCAAGCUACUAACCCAUCUAUCCAUGGAAAUGGAAAACAAA